GGGCUGGAGCCUCUGGACCCCUUCAGUGCCCGGGGAGGUGGUGAAGAUCAGGGGCCUCAGCAGUAUGGUCCCCUCCCUGGCCAAGGCUCAGAGACUCGAAUUUUCAGAGUUUCAAUGAUGCUGAAAUCAAGUGACUGCUUGUUUUCUUUGGACAAUUUGUUUUUUGAAAAACGAGAUGAAACUGAAAACUCUCCAGACAAUGAAAAAUCAUUGGAUUGGUUUCUCCCACCUGCUCCAUUGAUUUCAGAAAUUCCAGAUACUCAAGUGCUAGAGGAAGAAAUAGAAAGUCAUAAACUGUUAGGUCAAGAAAAGAGGCCAAAAAAGUUAACAUCACAUUUAAAGAUAACUACUGAAGGCACACGUUAUAUUUCACCAAUGCAAAACCUCCAAUUUUCCUUCCCCUCUAGUAAAUAUGAAGAAGAUAAUCUAAACGUAGGAGGGGCAGGUAACAGCGAUUUACCACAUGUUACUGGCAAGCUGACAUAUGGUUCUUCUCAGAAAUACAAAAAUCACAUUGGCACUGAAGUAGCACCUGAGAAAAAUGUCCCUGAUGACACAAAAUGUAUUAACUUUGCAGAUGAUAAAGGAGAGAGUGCAUCAGCAUUUGGAAAAAGAUUAUUUAAAAUAUCUGACAACAUACGUGGAAGUGCAAUUUUGGAUUCUCACAUUGACUCAGUGAGCAUUGUACAAACAGAAAUGAAUAAAGGGAAAUCACGGAACUGUAGCAAUAGUAAGCAGAAACGCCAGUAUUCAGACAUUAACCUGUUUACAGCAAGUGAUGCUUUUUCUGCUUCUGACAUCAGAGAAAGCAUGUUCAAAGCACCGUCUUUUUCAGCUGCAUCUCCAUCUCAUGAUAUUCAAGGGGUGACUGAAAAAGAUUUAGGUUCCUUGAAGGCUGUUACAGAAAUCCCGGCAAAAUUUAGAAGUAUUUUCAAAGAAUUCCCAUAUUUCAACUAUAUACAGUCCAAGGCCUUUGAUGAUCUUCUUUACACAGAUAGGAAUUUCGUGAUUUGUGCUCCUACUGGUUCUGGGAAAACUGUAUUAUUUGAACUAGCUAUAACAAGAUUGCUAAUGGAAGUGCCAUUGCCAUGGUCGAACAUUAAAAUUGUUUACAUGGCACCAAUAAAAGCCCUGUGUAGUCAGCGUUUUGACGACUGGAAAGAAAAAUUUAGACCAAUAGGACUGAUCUGUAAAGAACUCACUGGAGAUACUGUCGUGGAUGAUCUGUUUGAGAUUCAACAUGCCCAUAUUAUUAUGACAACUCCAGAAAAAUGGGAUAGCAUGACUAGGAAAUGGAGAGACAACUCUUUGGUCCAGCUGGUUCGCCUGUUUCUCAUUGAUGAGGUACACAUUGUAAAAGAUGAAAAUCGUGGUCCCAUUCUUGAAGUUGUAGUCAGCAGAAUGAAAACUGUACAGUCUUUGUCUCAGACUUUAGAAAAUACAAGCACUAUUAUUCCAAUGAGAUUUGUAGCUGUAUCUGCAACAAUUCCAAAUGUUGAAGAUAUUGCAGAAUGGCUUUCAGAUGGUGAGAAACCUGCUGUAUAUCUGAAAAUAGAUGAGAGCCACAGACCAGUGAAACUUCGAAAAGUAGUCCUUGGAUUUCCCUGCAGUAGUAACCAAACUGAAUUUAAGUUUGACUUAACCCUCAAUUACAAAAUCGCCAGUGUUAUACAAACAUACUCUGAUCAGAAACCCACACUUGUGUUCUGUGCAACAAGGAAAGGUGUGCAACAGGCUGCUUCUGUUCUUGUGAAGGAUGCUAAAUUUAUUAUGAGUAUGGAACAGAAACAGAGGCUACAGAAGUGUGCAAAUUCCGUAAGAGAUUCAAAACUGAGAGAUAUUGUCAUACAUGGUGUUGCUUAUCAUCAUGCUGGUAUGGAGCUGCCAGAUAGAAAAGUAGUUGAAGGAGCUUUUACUGUUGGAGAUCUACCAGUUCUUUUUACUACCAGUACUUUAGCUAUGGGAGUAAAUUUGCCUGCUCAUCUAGUAGUUAUAAAAUCUACAAUGCAUUAUGCUGGAGGAAUGUUUGAAGAAUACAGUGAAACAGAUAUUCUACAGAUGAUUGGUAGAGCUGGUCGACCUCAAUUUGAUAGUACAGCUACUGCAGUUAUUAUGACUCGGUUAAGUACAAAAGAGAAGUACAUUCAGAUGUUAGCUUGUAGUGACACUGUAGAAAGCAGUUUGCAUAGACAUCUUAUUGAACAUUUAAAUGCAGAGAUAGUAUUACAUACCAUCACGGAUGUGAGCAUUGCUUUGGAAUGGAUACGAUCAACCUUGCUUUAUAUCAGAGCCUUGAAAAAUCCAUCUCAUUAUGGUUUUUCACGUGGAUUGAACAAAGAUGGAAUUGAAGCAAAAUUACAAGAAUUAUGUUUGAAGAAUCUGAACGAUUUAUCAUCUCUAAAUUUGAUAAAGAUGGAUGAAGAUGUUAAUUUCAAACCAACUGAGAUUGGAAGAUUGAUGGCUUGGUAUUAUAUUACAUUUGAGACAGUGAAGAAAUUUUGUACAAUGAGUGGAAAAGAAACUUUAUCAGAUCUGGUCACAAUGAUAGCCAGCUGCAAGGAAUUUCUAGAUGUCCAGUUAAGGAUAAGUGAAAAGAAAACACUGAAUACUUUGAACAAAGAUCCAAAUCGGGUAACUAUCAGAUUUCCGAUGGAAGGAAAAAUUAAAACAAGGGAAAUGAAAGUAAAUUGUCUUAUUCAGGCUCACCUAGGAUGCAUUCCCAUACAGGACUUUGCUUUGACACAAGAUACAGCGAAGAUUUUCAGAAAUGGCUCACGAAUUACAAGAUGGUUGUCAGAUUUUGUGGCUGCUCAAGAAAAGAAUUUUGCUGUACUACUGAACAGUUUGAUUUUAGCUAAAUGUUUUCGGUGUAAACUUUGGGAAAACUCUUUGCAUGUAUCCAAACAGUUGGAAAAAAUCGGUAUAACAUUGUCAAAUGCAAUGGUAAAUGCAGGUUUGACUUCCUUUAAAAAAAUAGAAGAAACAGAUGCAAGGGAACUUGAACUGAUUUUAAAUAGACAUCCUCCUUUUGGAACCCAGAUAAAAGAAACUGUGAUGCAUCUACCAAAAUAUGAACUUGAAGUGGAACAGGUUGCAAGAUACAGUGAUACCAUGGCAGAAAUAUUAGUAACCAUUGUGUUAAGAAACUUUGAACAGCUACAAACUAAAAGAACAGCACCAGAUUCUCACCAUGUUACCUUGAUAAUAGGCGAUGCAGAUAAUCAAGUGGUUUUUAAGCACAAAAUUAUCGAUUCUGUUUUGCUAAAAACUGGAAAUUGGACUAAAAAGAUUGAUGUGAAGAGAACUCUUAAAUCUGAAGAUCUUAGCAUAAAUCUCAUUAGUUCUGAAUAUGUUGGACUUGAUAUUCAACAAAAAUUUACAGUCUUUUACUUAGGACCCAAACGAUUUGGAAAUCAAGUAAUUAUGGAAAGAAAAUCAGAAACAGAGAUUUCCCAUUCUAAACGUUCGGAUAGAUCUGUAGCAGGACCCAAUAAAGGAAUGACUGCCUACAAAAAACUGGGAAACCGAGAAUGUAAUCAUCACUGUAAAAAUAAACAUACAUGUGGACAUGACUGCUGUAAAAUUGGAGUUGCACAGAAGUCAGAAAUUAAAGAGCCAACAAUUUCUUCAUAUUUAUCUGAUUUAAGAAACAGGAAUGCUGUUUCAUCUCUUCCUCCAGUUAAACGUCUCAAGAUGCAGAUGAAUAAAUCUCAAAAUGUGGACCUUAAAGAGUUUGGUUUUACUCCAAAACCUUCGCUUCCCAGUAUAUCAAGGUCAGAAUAUUCAAACCUACUUGAAUUGCCGGUAAUGGAACAGUGGGAUCAGCAUGAAUGUGAACAAUUUCACCAACAAGAACCAUCUGAAUAUCCAAACAAAGAAGUUUUGAAUGUGAACUUUGAAUUGGGAAAUGAAGUUUGGGAUGAUUUUGAUGAUGAAAAUUUAAUAGAAGUGACUAGCUUUUCAACUGAAACUGACAAGACAGAAACAUCAGGAUUUGGAAACACUUUGAGUUCAAGUACCUGGGGACGUAAGCAAACUCGCCAAGAGUCAAAGAGCCAAUUCCAAAGAGAAAUGUCAAAAAGUGCAUCCUCCAUGAUGAAAUUACCUCACCAAGCUGGAAACACAAAUACUGUCCAUUUACAAGAAAAUAAACAACAAAGUCUUUCACCAGAGAUUAAAAAAUUAUACUUUCCUCACUCUGAAAAUAAAUCAAAUCCUUCAAAUUUUGUUAAGAAAGUGGACGUUUUUAUUAGAAAUAGUGAAUAUAAAAAGGAAAUUGAUUUCAGUAGGUAUCAUCCUGAUGAUGCAGCUGAUGAAAUGAAGUCUUUCCUGGGAAUAUUUGAUGGCAUUUUCUAAAACAAA